AUGCAAGACCAACAAGACGGCGUGCAGGAGCUAGGCCCUGCUGCCGCUGACAUGGGGCCUGGCGUUCUUAAUGCAGAGAAAGGCGAGAAGCCUGUCCUGGACCCAUAUUCUAAUGACCCUUUUGGCGACGAGGAAUUUGCUGAGAUCAAAUAUCGCACUAUGUCCUGGUGGUAUGAUGCGCCUGCUCCUUUCCAAUUCCUCCCACUCCUGGGCUAUGGAGGCUAUGAGACGCAAGCUGGAAUCACUAUGAUCGCAGAAACUAUUGCGUUAGGGAUUCUGUCGCUCCCGUCAGUGAUGGCGUCAAUCGGCAUGGUCGCUACGAUUAUCUUGAUUCUCGGCCUCGGCUUGAUCGCGACGUAUACAGCUUACGUAAUUGGACAGUUCAAAUUGGCGUAUCCCCAUAUCCAUAGUAUGGCCGAUGCGGGUGAAGUUUUGCUAGGUCGGGCCGGACGAGAGAUUUUCGGUCUAGCGCAACUGAUCUUCCUGGUUUUCGUUAUGGGAAGCCACGUUCUGACCUUCGGUAUAAUGUUGAACACCCUCUCAAAUCACGGAACAUGCACGAUCGUCUUUGAUAUCGUUGGUAUGAUAGUGUGUUUUAUCUUUACCCUGCCUCGAACUCUCAAGAAGGUUUCCUGGCUUUCUCUUGCAUCGUUUAUUAGCAUCGUUUCGGCCGUUAUGAUCACUAUGAUCGCUAUCGGUAUCGAGCAUCCAGGGAAAGCCGUUCAAGCCACUGUCCAUAAUGAUUUUUACCUCGGAUUUCUUGCCGUUACCGACAUCGUCUUUGCCUACGCGGGACAUGUGACCUUCUUUAGCUUUAUGUCCGAGAUGAAAGACCCUAAGGAAUAUCCCAAGACGGUCUACCUUCUGCAGUCAGUAGACACCGCGUUAUACCUGAUUGCCGCCGUAGUGAUCUACUGUUAUGGAGGUCAACAGGUCGCCUCACCGGCUUUGGGCUCCCUUAGCUCCGUUAUGAGCAAGGUUGCUUAUGGCAUUGCCAUUCCUACGAUCAUUAUCGCCGGUGUCAUUAAUGGUCAUGUGGCCACAAAAUACAUAUACGUUCGAAUUUUUCGAGGCACUGAUCGCUUGCAUUCGCGCGGUAUAGUGGCCUGGAGCGUCUGGGUUGCAUUGGCUCUUCUCCUUUGGGUUCUUGCAUGGGUCAUCGCCGAAGGAAUUCCUGUCUUCAACGAUCUGUUAGGCUUGAUUGUGGCCCUUUUUGCAAGUUGGUUUACUUAUGGCCUGAGUGCUGUGUUUUGGCUUUACCUGAACAGAGGCAACUGGUUUUCUUCAACGAAAAAGACUUUCCUCACUGUUGUUAAUAUCCUAGUGUUCGGACUAGGCCUUGCGCUCUGCGCUCUUGGACUCUAUGUUUCCGGGAAGGCGAUACAAGAGAGCUCUGGUGGAUUGAGCUUUUCGUGUAACAACACGGCCUAA